UGAGCACGAAAAGGCGUAAUUCAGAGGAAAAAAACAAAGUUGUGCCAAAAGGGAUGCCCCGCUGAACGAAAUCUAAUGGGAAUUUCCUUUCACUAUCACUCUCCCGGGGUUGGGCUGUUAUCAGCCGGAAGUGCACACCCACAUGCGAUAAUGAAGUUUUGCCUUCCAACUUUACAUUCACUUCGCCCCAGCCUCCGUCCACAAGCAUGGCUCUCACCAACAAGUGGUGGAUUUCCUGCGUCGUGUCGCUGUCCUUCGUCGCCUGUUUAGGCUCCUGCGAUACAGAUGACGAUGAUGGACUGCAGCCUGAUCUCUUUAUCUUCAGUGAGGUGUGUGCCAUGAAGGAAGACGUGGGGCCCUGCAAAGCCAUUAAGGAGCGAUUCUUCUUUGAUGUUGACACAGGCCGCUGUACGCCAUUUCAAUAUGGAGGCUGCGCGGGAAACGGAAACAACUUUCAUACCUUAGAGGCAUGUGAGCAAAUGUGUGUGGUAACAGCUGACAAGAGCCCGUGUCAUCUAGAAGAAGCUCCCGGGCCCUGUCGAGGCUUGGUGACACGUUUCUUCUUUGACAGCAAGAGUCAGGAGUGCAAGCGUUUCUUUUACGGCGGUUGCCUUGGCAAUGCCAACAAUUUUAGGAGCAUGGCAGACUGCCAGGCAAGAUGCCAGAAUCCAGGAAACAAGUCUGUGGCACCAGAAGUUGAGACUGUGCAGCCUACCAGAAUAUCCAGCAGAGAGCCACUAAAACGAGCCGGGGAAUUCGCAUUGAGCCAACCACGAGUACACCUGGAUGCCCAUCAUCAACCUAUAGGUUUCAUGCCACCUGCGUUCUGCCUCACUCCUAUCGAGAGGGGAACCUGUGAAGGGGAAGAUACGAGAUUUGGGUACAAUCCCAAGACCAGGAAGUGCCACGUGUUCCGCUACAGCGGUUGCGGGGGGAACAAAAACCAUUUCCGACGCAAGAAACAAUGCAUGAAGACGUGCAUGAACGUGAAGACUAAGGAUAAUGGAACGAAGCAGAUCAGAAUAAAGAAGAAAAAUCUGAAAAACAUCGUGUUUCAUGUCGUCUGAAAAAUGUCCUUUCCAUUUGAUCAUACACUACUUUUAAUUCAAUUUUAUUUUUGUACAUUUUUUUUAUUUCGCUUGAAUGUACUGUUUUGUAUUCAUGUAGUGUUACUUGUACAAAAACCGAUUCAUAUGGUUCAUGGUUCAUAUGGUUGAUAGUAAUUGCAUUUUUAUUUUCAUUCCAUAUUGCAACUGAAAAAAAAUGUAAUUGCUACUGCUUGGAUAAACAAUACAUAUUUUUUGCUGACAUACAGUCCCUUCUCAAUGCCGAUGCUUUUCAUAUCCCUACUGACUGUCGGUAAAAACAUACAAAUCUUCAAAAAGCAUGUUUUAAAUAUUAGAAUUACUAGUAAAGCAUCAGGUUUUAACAGGUAUUAAAUUUGCCAUAGUAAGAACUAAGUUGGAAACAGAUACCAUUGGUAUAUGGUUAUGAAGCUUAGUCAAACACAAAUGACUGCGCUUUCAAAACAAGUUGCAAAAUUAAAAGAAAAAAAUGAAAAAAUAAUCAUGCAUAUAUCUAUAUAUCUUUUAUGUUUUUUUUUUUUUUGCUGACAGCAGCAGUGUGUCCUCUAAUUUCGCUGUACAGAUUUUAACAUUGUUUGUUGAAAAGCUCCUGUGUUUUAUAUCAAUGUGAACUUUAACGCUAUCAAACCAAUAGACUUGAAAAUCAAAGAUUUUUUCUCAUUAAGGCAGCAACUGAACAUGGACCGUUUUCAAGCAAAUGCAUUAAUCACACAUUUUCUUGCCAAACAAAAUCAACCAUUACCAAAUGUAUACAAGACCACUGCUGUCUAUGUGAGAAUUAAUGUUUUGUUUUGUUUUUUUUUUAAAUCAAUAAAAUGGCAUUGUCUGUGGC